GGUCUUGAGACAGCUGAUUCCGUAGCUGGACGUUCAGUACACUACAUUCUCAUUGGUCGACGCAACUGUGCCUUCGGACCCCUGGGUCGAGCGCUUCUUUGGUACACAGCUGGUGUAUCUCGAGCUCAAGAUGAUGCACAUUGUCCCUAUAUGCCACAACUUCCGCCAAUCGUUAUAGCUGCAAUUGAGAUUGCUGUCGCUCCAUUCUUGAAGUUUGGUUCUUUUGUAUUCGCCUAUUGGAUGCGUGGUUGUCUAAGCAAGUUUCGUAAACAGUGUUUAUGA